AUGUUCUCGCAGCGGAGGACUGCAUCAGCCACUGUGGGGUUUUGCAGACUUCUGCUAUUUGCAUUGACUCUGACAGGUAACGCAUCCGCGCAAGUUUUUGACAGUUUGGGAUUAUUUUACGCCCUGAGACCGGAGCUAUCAGAGGAUGCCAUUCUUGUCGCUAAUAAUGGAAUACGUGUGCCGUUUGGGAGACCCGUUUUCAUUGAUCCCAUCAAUGAUUUAGUCAUACAAGUUCAGCCUGGAGACAGAUGCAGCAUAACUGUUUUGGAUAAUGAUCCUUUAUCACAGAGACCCGGACAGCUUUUCCCAAAGAAGUUUUCGUGUGAAUUUGGUCCCAAUGACGUGAAAUACACGCAUUUUGGCUCGAGGAGCCCCUCAAAGGACCGCGUGAGGCUGCAGCUCAGGUAUGACACUCAAACUGACACCAUUAUAAUACCGUUUAUGAUGGAAGUUGAGGUCGUUUUUACUCAGUUGGAGGUGUUAACCAGAAACAUGCCUCUGACAGUUGAAAAACUGCUUGGCACAAGUAAUCCAAUUGACAAAAGAAUUUUGGAGUUUACUUUUGAUAGAAACUCGCAGCAGUGCAAGGUAUCAUCCUUAGCUAGUAGCAGCACGUUGCCCAGAUACGGAAAACUUACUGACGAAGCCAAACUGGGGAAAAUGGUGGACUGUGAUGAAUUUCUGAAGCUAAAUAUACGCUAUCAGCAUACAUUCACCCACAGGUCUCCAAACAGAGAUUACAUUCCCAUGUUUGUAGAAUUACAGGACAAGGAAGGGAAUUUGCUCAAGCAGGAGUUUUUCCAAAUUAUGGUGCGCAUAAAAGAGGGAGAGGAAAAUAAUGCCCCCAAACCUAGUUUUGUAGCAAUGAUGAUGAUGGAGGUUGAUCAGUUUGUCAUGACUGCUAUAACCUCAGAUAUGCUUGCUGCAGAGGACAUAGAAUCCAACCCCGAUGAUUUGAUAUUUAACAUCACCUCCCCUCUCUCCUUUGAGGAAGGCUACAUUGUGAGCACUGAUGAUAGGAAUCUGCCAAUCACGUCCUUUUAUCAAGGAGACCUGAAGGAUCUAAAAAUAGCCUACAAGCCUCCAUCUGUCGACUCAGAGGCGGAGAGAAUUUUUCAGAUCGAGUUCGAGGUGGUGGACACGGAGGGGGCCGUCUCGGACCCCUUCGCGUUCAUGAUCGUGGUGAAGCCCAUGAACACGCUGGCCCCCGUGGUCACCAGGAACACGGGGCAGCUCCUGUACGAGGGCCAGUCCCGGCCGCUGUCCAGCUCGCACAACCUGGAGAUCAGCGACGAGGACAAUCUGCCCGACGUCAGGGUCACCGUCAUCAACGGGCUGCGGCACGGCGAGCUCACCGUCCUCGGGGCGAGGAGGAAGUUCUUCACCCCGGCGGACCUCGACGCCGGCGCCGUCAUCUACCAGCACGACGGCAGCGACACCUACAGCGAUAACAUCAUCUUCCGCAUGACGGACGGCAAGAACGAGGUGGAGUUCCUGUUUCCCCUCACCGUGGUGCCCAUGGACGACGAGCCGCCCAUUAUAAACGCCAACACCGGACUGGUGCUGUUCAAGAACCAGAUGGUGCCCAUUUCCCCGCUCAUGCUCAGCGCGGCCGACAUCGACUCGGAGGACUCGACCGUUAAGUUCACGAUCGAGUCUCCGUUCUCUGCGAUCGGAGAAGUGCUGCUGCGCCAGUCUGAAGCGCCGGAAGAUCCGUCAACCUGGAAAUUCAGUGCGACGGAUGAGGUGUAUGAAAAAGUUGUAACGGAGUGGUUACAGCAGGACGUCACGGACGGGAAACUCUUCUACAGGCACACCGGUCCUCACAGCACAGACACGGUGAUGGACCAGUUUGUGUUCCGCGUGCAAGAUGACAACGAUCCCCCCAACCAAUCAGGGGAGAGUGCUUUCAUCAUCAAGGUUCUUCCCAUUGACGACAUCCCGCCCGCACUCUUUCUGGGAACCACCAUGCAAAUGACCGUACAUGAGUACCAGUUGACCCACUUCCGGAAAAAAUUCCUCCGAUACACUGACCUGGAUUCAGAGGACAGAGAUCUGAAAUACACCAUCAUCCAGCCGCCAACAGACACCGAUCAGAACAGCCCUAUAAUACUUGGAUCUAUCGUUUUAACAGAAAGCCCGACAACUGUGAUCACUGAAUUUACUCAGGCGCAAAUAAAUCACCACAAAAUAGCAUACAAACCCCCUGACCUGGAGCUGGGAAUCACCGCCCACGUGGUGCAGUUUCGCUACACCGUUGAAGACACUGCUGGAAACGGUGUGGAGGGAGAUUUCUCCAUAUUCCUUCAACCCGUUGACAACACGCCUCCUCAGAUAACCAACAGUGGCUUCACGAUCCUCGAGCGGGGCACCCAUAUUAUUACGAGUGCCGAGCUGGACACCACAGAUGCCGACACUGACAGUAAGCAGAUAUCGUUCACGCUCACCCAGCCUCCACUUCACGGCUAUGUCCAAUACUCAUUCACUGAAAUGACCAAAGGGGACUCCUUCAACCUCAAUGACAUUUCCAGUGGCAAAAUCUCUUAUAUUCACAAUGGGGAUGAGUCCACCACCGACACAUUUCAGUUGGACAUCAGCGACGGCAUCCACAUCGUCACGAUCAUCGUUAAGAUAAACGUGAAGCCUGUCGACGAUGAACCCCCUACGAUUAAUCUCCCGGUGGGCACAAUCGGCUCAUACCUUGAUGUUUUGGAGAACGGAGCCACCGAGAUCACAAGUGACGUGAUUCAGGGACGGGAUGAGGACACGGACGACCUUAGGCUGACCUUUAUCGUGGAAGACCCUCCAGUGUUUGGGGAAAUCCUUGUCAAUGGUGUUCCCUCACAGACGUUCACCCAGGCGGACAUCAUCAAUGGAGUGGUGGUUUAUGCCCACACCAGCGGAGAAAUCGGCUUCACCACAAAAGAGGAUUUUUUCAAUCUGACCCUCACAGACAUGUCGGAUGAAUGGACUGUUGGGGGCAACAAAGUGAAAGGGGUCAGAGUGCAGGUCACCAUUCUCCCAUUGGACAGCCAGGCACCAGAGGUCACGGUGGGCAGGCAGUUCAGUGUCGUAGAAGGGGAGAAGAAUAUCAUUGAGAUCCAGCAUAUAAACGCCGAAGACAUUGACACACCAAAAGAUGACCUCCUGUGCACCAUCAUUGUCCAGCCCUCCUCUGGCUACUUAGAGAACAUUUCUCCAGCCCCUGGUUCAGAGAAAUCCAGGUCAGGGACUGCUAUUAGUGCUUUCACCAUUAAGGACAUAAGACAAAGUCACAUAUAUUAUGUGCAAAGCAUUCACAAAGGUGUGGAGCCUGUGGAGGACAGGUUCACCUUCCGGUGCUCCGACGGCAUUAACUUUUCAGAGAGGCAUUUCUUCCCCAUAGUUAUAAUUCCCUCCACUGAUGAAAAACCGGAGAUCUACAUGAGGGAGUUUGUGGUGAUGGAAGGCAUGAACAUUGUCAUUGACACACCUAUUCUGAACGGGGCAGAUGCGGACGUCCCGGCAGAUGAACUGACGUUCAUUAUCACCAAACCGCCAAAACACGGAUUUAUCCUCAACCAGCUCGCCACCGGCACAGUACCAGUAACCAACUUCACACUUGACCAGAUUAAAGAGGCCUCGAGUAUUGUUUAUGAGCAUGAUAACACAGAGACUACAGAAGACAGCUUUGAUGUAAUUCUCACUGAUGGUAAAUUCACGGUGCAAAAAAAUAUUAUUGUCAUGAUCAUUCCUGUAGAUGAUGAGACACCCAGAAUGGCAAUUAACGAUGGUCUAGAAAUUGAGAUUGGUGAUACAAAAGUAAUUAACAAUAAAAUUUUGAAAGCAACUGAUCUUGACUCUGAAGAUAGCACUCUGACAUACAUAAUCCGUUAUGGGCCUGGGCAAGGCUUCUUACAGAGGAAAACCCCUUAUGGAUUAUAUGAAAACAUUACAGUUGGCAUGAAAUUUACACAGAGCGAGGUGGACCAGGACCUAAUUGUCUACAUACACAAUGGACAGGAGGGCAUACGUGACCUCAUUAAAUUUGAUGUCACCGAUGGCCUUAACCCACUCAUUGACAGGUACUUCUACAUCACUGUCGGCAGUAUUGACAUGGUGUUUCCAGACGUAGUUAGCAAAGGUGUUUCUCUGAAGGAGGGCGGGAGGGUGACGCUCACCACUGACUUACUGAGCACCAGUGACCUCAACAGCCCAGAUGAAAACCUGGUCUUCACUAUCACCAGGGCGCCGGUGCGAGGGCAUUUGGAGUGCACGGACACGCCCGGCAUGCCUAUUUCCUCCUUCACUCAGCUCCAGCUAGCCGGUAACAAAAUCUACUACAUCCACACGUCGGACGACGAGGUGAAGAUGGACAGUUUUGAGUUUGAGGUGACUGAUGGCUACAACCCGGUCUUCCGCACCUUCCGCGUGUCCAUCACAGAUGUUGACAACAAGAAACCGGUCUUGACGGUCCAUGGGCUUUUGGUGAACGAGGGCGAGAACAAGCUGAUCACCCCCUUCGAGCUGACGGUGGAGGACCGGGACACCGCUGACCGGUUGCUCAAGUUCACCGUGACCCAGGUGCCCGUCCACGGCAGGCUGCUUUUCAACAACACCCAUCCCGUCACCUCCUUCACCAAGCAAGACCUCAAUGAGAACAUGAUCAGCUACAAGCACGACGGCACCGAGUCGUCCGGAGACAGUUUCUCUUUCACCGUCACCGACGGCACCCACACCGACUUUUACGUGUUCCCCGACACCGUGUUCGAGACCCGCAAGCCGCAGAUGAUGAAGAUCGCCAUCGUGUCCGUGGACAACGGGAUCCCGCAGAUCGUGGUCAACAAGGGCGGCCCGACCCUGAGGACGCUCACGACUGGUCACCUGGGGUUCAUGAUCACAAGCAAGGCCCUGAAAGCGGAAGAUCGAGACAGCACCCCGUCUUCUGUGACAUUCAAGAUUACAGUUGGGGCAGAGCAUGGCUACAUCAUCAACCUGGGGAAGGGCAAUGCCACCAUCACUACGUUCACACAAGCUGACGUCGAUGACAUGAAAAUCUGCUACGUGCUGAGGGCUGGAGACAACGCCACAAAUGACAUCUUCUACUUUUCCAUCGAAGACAGCGGAGGUAACAAGCUGAAGAACCAGUUCUUCCGUCUGAACUGGGCCUGGAUCUCUCUGGAGAAAGAGUACUACACGGUGGACGAGGACACCAAGUUCCUGGAGGUGGUGCUGAGACGCAGGGGCUAUCUGGGGGAGACCUCCUUCGUCAGCAUUGGCACCAAAGACGGCACGGCUGAAAAGGACAAGGACUUCCGGGGCAAGUCACAGAAACAGGUCCAGUUCAACCCGGGCCAGACCACGGCCACCUGGAAGGUGCGCAUCCUGUCGGACAGCGAGUACGAGCAGUCCGAAACCUUCCGGAUCGUUCUGUCCGAACCGGUCAUGGGGGCGCUGGAGUUUCCUGAGGUGGCCACUGUGGAGAUUCUGGACCCUUCAGACGAGUCCACCGUCUUCAUCCCGUCGGCCUCCUACGCCGUGGAGGAGGACGUCGGCGAGCUGCUGAUACCGGUCCGCCGGAGCGGCGACGUCAGCCAGGAGCUCAUGGUCAUCUGCUACACCCAGCAAGCCACGGCGACGGGCACCAUUCCCAGCACGGUGCUGUCGUACUCGGACUACAUCUCCCGGCCGGAGGAGCAUCCCAGCAUGCUGCGCUUCGACAAGGACGAGACGGAGAAGCCCUGCCGCGUGGUCGUCAUCGACGACUCGCUGUACGAGGCCGAGGAGAGCUUCAACGUCACCCUCAGCAUGCCUAUGGGGGGUCGCCUGGGCCAGGAGUUCCCCUCCGCCUGCAUCACCAUCCUGCCGGACCAGGACGACGCUCCUGUCUUCUACUUCGGCCACACGGAGUAUCGCGCGGACGAGAGCGCCGGCUUCGUGGAGGUGAAGGUGUGGAGAACCGGCACGGACCUGUCCAAAACCGGCACCGUCACGGUGCGCUCCCGGAAGACCGACCCCGUGUCCGCGGAAGCUGGGGUGGACUAUGUGGGCAUCAGCCGGAACCUGGACUUCGCCCCCGGGGUGAACAUGCAGACGUUCCGCGUGACCAUCCUGGACGACCUGGGCCAGCCAGAGCUGGAGGGUGUGGAGCAGUUCGAGCUGAUUCUGCGGAUGCCCAUGAACGGCAUUCUGGGAGAGCCGGGGAAGGUCACCAUCUCCAUCAACGACUCCGUCUCAGACCUUCCCAAGGUGCAGUUCCGGCACGGCGCGUACGUGGUGGACGAGGACGCGGGCCAGCUGUCCGUCGCGGUGUACCGCAGCGGCGACAUCGGCUACAGGUCCACCGUGCGCUGCUACACCCGCCAGGGCUCCGCCCAGGUCAUGAUGGACUUCAACGAGCGGCCCAACACCGACGCCUCCGUCAUCACCUUCCUUCCUGGGGAGUUGGAGAAGCCGUGUGUCCUGACUCUGGUUGACGACGGGAUCCACGAGGAGGACGAGGAGCUGCGGCUGGUGCUGGGGAGCCCCAGGAGCGAGUCCCCGUUCGGCGCGUCCGUCGGGGCCCAGAACGAGACCCUCGUCAAGAUAAAAGACGACUCCGACCAGGCCAUCAUCAGGUUUGGCGAGACCAAGUUCAGCGUGAGCGAGCCGAAGGUGGCGGGGCGCGUCUCCGUGGUGACGGUCCCGGUGCUCAGGCUGGGGGACACGUCCAAGGUGUCUGUGGUGCGCGUGCACACCAAGGACGGCUCGGCCACCUCCGGGGAGGACUACCACCCCGUGUCCGAGGAGAUUCAGUUCAAGGCGGGGGAAAGCCAGCACUUUGUGGAGGUGGAGAUCCUGUUCGACGGAGUCCGGGAGAUGAGAGAGGCCUUCACUAUCCACCUGAAACCGGACGAAAACAUGGUGGCAGAAACUCAGAUGAGCAAAGCGAUCAUCUACAUCGAGGAGACCAACAGCAUGGCGGAUGUCACCUUCCCCUCGGUGCCCAAGGUGGUGUCUCUGCUGAGGUACGACACCCCUGGGAGGACCAGGGACAGCCUCCCGCCCUCGGCCGGAUAUCCCGUCGUCUGCGUCACGGCCUGCAACCCGAAAUACUCGGACUUUGACAAGACGGGCUCCAUCUGCACCAGCGAGCACAUCAACAACACCCUGACCCAGUACCGCUGGCUGGUCAGCGCCCCAGCCGGGCCGGACGGGGUCACCAGCCCCAUGCGCGAGGUGGACUUCAACACCUUCUUCACCUCCUCCAAGCUCGUCACGCUGGACUCGGUCUACUUCCAGGCCGGGUCGCGGGUCCAGUGUGCCGCCCGGGCCGUCAACUCCAACGGAGACGAGGGCCUGGAGCUGAGCAGCCACAUCAUCACCGUCAGCCUGGAGGAGGGUAUGUGCCAGCCGCGUAAAGUGGGCACUGUGGGGGCGGAGCCUUUCUCCGCCAAACUGCGCUACACGGGAGCGGACGAUCCGGACCGCCCCAACCUGAUCAAGCUGACCGUCACCAUGCCCCACAUGGACGGCAUGUUGCCGGUGGUAUCCACACGGCCCCUGUCUAACUUUGAGCUGACGCUGAGUCCUGACGGAACUCGGGUGGGCAACCACCGCUGCUCCAACCUGCUGGACUACAACGAGGUGACCACCCGGCACGGCUUCCUGACCGACGCCACCAAGAACCCGGAGGUGAUCGGGGAGACCGCGCCCUACCAGUACAGCGCCCCCCUCAGGGGCGCCAGCACACUGCGCUUCUACAGGAACCUGGACCUGGAGGCCUGCCUGUGGGAGUUCGUCAGCUACUAUGACAUGUCCGAGCUCCUCACUGACUGUGGGGGCUCCAUCGGCACUGACGGACAGGUGCUGAACCUGGUCCAAUCGUACGUGACGCUGAGGGUGCCUCUGCACGUGUCGUACGUGUUCCACUCCCCGGUGGGGGCCGGAGGCUGGCAGCACUUCGACCUGCAGUCGGAGCUCCGGCUCACCUUCGUGUACGACACCGCCAUCUUGUGGAAGGAUGGCGUCGGGAGCCCUCCCGAGGCUGAGCUGCAAGGUGCGCUGUUCCCCACCAGCAUGCGCAUUAACGGGGAGGGUCGUCUGGUGGUCAACUUCCGCACCGAGGCCCGCUUCCGGGGUCUGUUCGUGACGUCACACUCCGCCUCCACUCUGUCCUCCAUGGUGAUGUGCCCGGACCAGCCCGGCCUCACCUUCAACCUGAGCCUGGUGAGGAGUGAGCCCACCUACAACCAGCCCAUGCAGCAAUGGACCUUCAUCUCCGACUUCGCCGUGAGAGAUUACUCGGGCACGUACACAGUGAAGCUCAUCCCCUGCACGACUACUCCGUACCUGGAGUACAGCUUUCCCCCCGUCUGCAACCCCAGGGAGCCUGUGACUUUUGACCUGGACAUCCGCUUCCAGCAGGUGAGCGACCCAGUGGCUGCAGAGUUCAGCCUGAACACUCAGAUGUUCCUGCUGUCCAAGAAAACACUCUGGCUGUCUGACGGCUCCAUGGGAUUUGGUCAGGAGAGCGACACUGCUUUCUCAGAGGGCGACAUCAUCUACGGCCGGGUGAUGGUGGACCCUGUGCAGAACCUGGGUCACUCCUUCAUGUGUAACAUCGAGAAGGUCUUCCUCUGCACGGGAGCUGACGGAUACGUCCCCAAGUACAGCCCCGCCAACUUCGAGUACGGCUGCCUGGCCGACUCGCCCUCCCUGCUCCACAGGUUUAAGAUUGUGGACAAAGCCCAGCCCGAGACACAGGCCAGGAAUUUUGGGAAUGUGGGAUUCAACACCCUCCUGGCUGUGGACGACCCGGAAGCGUUGCCCUUGGUGAGGCAGCCGGGAUCCGACGGGUUUCGACUGGACUCCUCCGCCCUGUUUCAGGUGUCGGCCGGGAGGGAAUGGUACAUCCACACCAUCUACACGGUCCGGUCCCGGGAGAACGCCAACCGGGGGAUCGGGAAGAGAAGCCUGGAGUUCCACUCGCUGGCGCGGGGCGGGGACCCUGCGGCGGGCGCCGGGUCUCGGUCCAAGCGGUCGACCGACGGGGAGGAGGAUGUGGCCAGGGAGAUCGGCGAGGAGAGCAACAGGGGCACCAACAUCCUGCACGUCAGCCUGGACCGCAGCCGGCGCGGGACCGGGCCCGGCCGCGAGGUGUCCUCCGAGGGCCCGAUCCCCCGCGAACUCAACCCCCGGCACGACGACGACGGCGCCGGCGCGGUUACCAUCGCGAGCAUCCUGGUGGGGGUGCUCCUGGCCGUCCUCGUCGUCGUCCUGGCCGUCCUGCUGGCCUGCUCCAAGCAGAGGAAGAGGAAGAAGAAGAAGGACGCGCCCAAGGCCUCCAGCAGCACCGAGCCCAUGGUGACCACGGCCACGGGGUACCAUGGCAACGACAGCUCGGAGGUCUGACCGGCGCCCUCAGACCUUGUGACGUGCCGUUCGCUUGAUUUGCAAGUGCCUCAUACCUGUACACUGGGCAUACCUGUACACUGGGAUUCAUUCAGAGAAGUUUAAAAACGUCCCACACAACUGAGGAGGCUUUGGUUUCAACAAAAACCGCCACAACAACACGAACACAAGCUCUGCGUCUCCCUAUCUACAGCGAGUCACCGUAUCUGAACAAGAGGCACACGAUUUGUUAUGGUUUAUUAAUGGUGUUUGUCUUUCCAAAGGACUAUUUGAAUUUAUCCAAAGGUGCUAGAGGCUCCCCUAUUUGUCGAAUAGGGUUUUGCCCAAGGUUAAGGAUCACUGAGAUGAGAUUAAACAUAUGGGUCAAUGAAAAGGAUGGGAUUUUUUUUAAGGCCAUUUAGUUAUGUAAGCACAUUAUUUAUACUGUAAGAACUCACCGUUGUGUUUUCCUGUCAGUGCACUUCACGAUGUUGUCAACCCUUGAUGUCAAGAUUUCAUGUUGUGUGUCCCUGUAGUGUGUUCAUUUUCUGAUUCAAAAUGAGUCGGACUAAACUAGCAAAUGUCAUUUGAUGUAAGACGACUGCUCAGCAUCGCGAGGAAUGCUGAAUAUUGGUGAACUCUUUUUGGAUUGUUAUUUUCUGAAAUAUUACAGUUCAUGUACGGUAUUUGCGAAAUAAUUGCAUUUCUGUUGUCAUUGUCAUCUUUUUUUUAUAUGACUUUUUGGGUUUUGCGUCCCACAGCCAUCACUGUGGAGCGGGUUUGGUUUUGUCUCUGCUCGUCCCACAGCCAUCACUGUGGAACGGGUUUGGUUUUGUCUCUGCUCGUCCCACAGCCAUCACUGUGGAACGGGUUUGGUUUUGUCUCUGCUCGUCCCACAACCAUUACUGUGGAGCGGGUUUGGUUUUGUCUCUGCUCGUCCCACAGUGGAGCGGGUUUGGUUCUGUCUCUGCUCGUCCCACAGUGGAGCGGGUUUGGUUCUGUCUCUGCUCGUCCCACAGUGGAGCGGGUUUGGUUUUGUCUCUGCUCGUCCCACAGUGGAGCGGGUUUGGUUCUGUCUCUGCUCGUCCCACAGUGGAGCGGGUUUGGUUUUGUCUCUGCCCGUCCCACAGCCAUCACUGUGGAGCGGGUUUGGUUUUGUCUCUGCUCGUCCCACAGUGGAGCGGGUUUGGUUUUGUCUCUGCUCGUAUACCAUUUCUGCAUGUCCGCUGCUCUUAUUGUUGAUUUCGAGUAAAAAUGUCUGUCUCUAGAUGGUUUUAUGAAACACCUUUGGAUUACAUUUUAACGAGCUUGAGAGAGAAGCCACAACCUCUUAACCUCAUAGCGCUAAGUGGAAAACAUUUUUCCUAUGCCUGUUGUGUAUCAAAUCAUUUUGAUUUAUUUAACAAUGAUAGUGUCCCAGAAAAACUAGCACUGAUUUUUUUAUUUUUAUUUUUAUUUUAUAAUCAAACAUUUUCAGAGCACUGUAGUGAUCUGUUUAUCAAGACAGCUGUUCUGCUAUAACGCAGUCACAGAUACAGUAGACCUGCUAGAUACAAAUAAUAUUUUUGUAAGGUGAAGGGCACAUUCGUACGUAUAUUUUCUAAGAGUAUCCAAGAUGUUUACUAGCCUAGCGGAACCGGACGGAACUGGCGAGUUGUUCGCCCUGUGGGGCUGUGUUGUUGACAGACUGCCAUUCUAUUUGUUUUCCCCGUUAUUUUAAAAUCAGAGCACAAUACUCACAGGCAUAUUCAGUUAGAAUCCAUCAAAUCAAACUGAAUAAAGUGAUUGAUUCACAUAAAAGAAAUACUCGUAUUAGCCAGAAAUGAAAUUAUUAGCCGUUUAUAUACCUGGGUGAAAGAUACAGGCCUCACCUGGAUUGAUCUUGUUUGUUUGUUUGUUUUUUAUAUCAUACAGCCUAUUCCACACAGCUUACUACUUUUGAUAUUUUCACUGAUAUACCAUAAUCAUGAUCAUAUUUAUUUUGCUACCAUUUAGGGGUCCUCACAUAUUAAAUGAUUUACUACUGGGAUGUAUUGACUUAUACUUUCAUGAUUUUCUUUUUCUAUGAAAUACAAAACAAUCACUUGUCUACAUUAUACUGGAUGGCCACUAUCAUUGUGGUGGUGGAGUCAAGUAGAUGUAAUUUUGUGACGUGAAAUUAUUGUCCUCAUUGCUUGGAAAGCUUUGUGAUUGCAGGCCUCUGAGCUAGCCACAAUGCUACAUUGGUGUGGAGAUUUGUGCUAGAUUUGUGAAAUUGUUCAUCAGUUCAGUGCUUUCCUAAAAACCUCAGAUGAGUCACUGGAAAUGGGUUAUUUUGCACCUCUGUACGCUGCCAGAACACUUUGACACCACUGAUGCCACGGUCUUUAUUUCAAAAUAGGAAUGCUAUGCAAUCUACGACACAGCAAAUGUAAGAGUAUAGUGCGUUCUAAAAUGUUGUGUUUUUUGCUAAUGUUGUGUAUUUAUGUAACAUUUUGCUUCUUGUUGCUCACCUCAUAUAGAUAUUUGGUGCAUUUUCAUUAUUCCUGACUGAACCUGUCUUGAACACAUGUAUUGCCUAUAUGUGUGUAUACACAUGUAUGUAUGUAUAUACAUAUGUUUUGAAAAAUGAAUAUAGUUUGGAUGUUUUGGGGAAUGGUCAGUGUUAAAAUAUUGCCAAUGUACUGUAAGUAUUUGUAACAUAGACCUCUGGAGCAGAGUGUGAAUGCGGUCUGCAAAAUAAAGAUUUUUUUUUUUUUUUUCAAAUGAUGUUUCUUGACUCAAGAUCACUGCUGUGGAUUUUGGGAAUAAAUAUGCCUUUCUGCUUGUCAGGACCAGGUGUGUUUUUCUGUACUUUUUGGUGUGCGUUUUAUAAACUGGUGAAACUUGCUGUGAUUUCCACCCAAUGUGGACAGAAACAGAGGUCAUGUUGGUUGAGUUAUCUUUAUGAAAGUAAAGGUAAACAUUUGGCUGUCGGUUCCAUUUU